GCAGCCGUGACACUUCCUAGUUUGUUUCCUGAGCUGAACCGAAACCAGACGCCCAAUACCAGAAUGCAUCUGUGCAGGGUUGGAAGUUACAUGAAGAGGAGAAAGCGGGGUUACUCUCAAGCCUGAACGUUUUUUCCAUCUUCCUCCAUCUGGCCGUCGCUAUCUCAGAUCGGUGCUCAUUCCCUCUCUCUUCGACAACAUGCUCUGUUGGGGGAACGCAAAGGACGGACAGCUGGGCAUCGGUGCGGAGAGGAACCCUAUGUUUGAGCCAAGGAACUGUCAUGUGUUCAGCGGCAGGGGACUGAAAGAGGUCGCCUGCGGAGGGCAACACUCAAUGUUCCUGCUGCAUGAUGGUAGUGUGUACACGUGUGGAUCUAACUGCUGCGGACAGCUGGGCCACGACAAACCGGGGACUCCCCCAGAGCUGGUGGGAGCUCUGGAUACUCAGAAGAUAACAAUGGUGUCGUGCGGUCGGGCCCAUUCUAUGGCGGUGAAUGAGCAGGGUCAGGUGUUUGCCUGGGGAGCCGGUGAAGGCGGACAGCUCGGCCUGGGCUCUGCGGAGGCGGCUAUUCGAAUCCCAAGGUUGGUCAAAAGGCUGUGUGACCACCGGAUCUCUCAAGUCAUGUGUGGGAAUCAGCACUGCAUUGCACUUUCUAGAGAUGGCCAGCUGUUCACGUGGGGCCAGAACACCAGUGGUCAGCUAGGUCUAGGGAAAGGAGAGCCCAGCAAGCUGUUCCCUCAUCCCCUCAAGUCUCUGGCAGGAAUUCCUUUGGCAAAAAUUACCGCCGGGGGAGAUCACAGCUUUGCUCUCUCCUUGUCUGGAGCUGUAUUUGGUUGGGGCAAGAACAAAGCUGGGCAACUGGGUCUCAAUGAUAAACAAGAUCGCGCUGUCCCGUGCCACAUCAAAUUUCUGAGGUCUCAAAAAGUUGUUCACAUCAGCUGUGGAGAUGAACACACGGCAGCCCUCACAAAGGAUGGCGGCUUGUUUACAUUUGGUGAUGGCUCAUGGGGUCAGCUGGGUCAUGGCUCAAACAAUAAUGAACUUUUACCCAGACGAGUGCUGGAGCUCAUGGGCACUGAGGUGUCCCAGAUAACCUGUGGCAGGCACCACACGUUGGCAUUUGUGCCCUCCACUGGUGUGGUGUAUGCGUUUGGAUGUAACGGCCAUGGCCAGCUGGGCACAGGAAUACUGGGGGAUUCCAGAAGUCCAUUACCUGUCAAGGCCAGUUUCCUGACUGGAAAUUUCCACAGAACAGAAUCAAAACAAUAUGCAGUGACCAAAAUCAUCUGUGGAGGAGACCAUAGUUUCUUAUUGUACACUAAUGAACAGAGUUAUGUCCCCCCCGAAGACUUCAGAGUGAUUAAUAUCAGUAAAUCAAUCUCCCCAAUCAAUUAUGAAAGAUUAAACUCAUGGAGGCAAAAGCUGAUGUACAGCACGGACUCUAGUGUCACAAAUGACAUCAUAAUUCAACUCUCCUCUACGGCCUGUUGGAACGCCAGCUUCUUGGACCAAAGAAUAGCAGAGCACAUGCACAAGAUCUUUGGACUUGGCCCAGGCAGGUUACAGAUGGCCACCAAGAGCUUUGAGAGUCUGUUGAUCCCUCAGCUGCCGCGCUCCCCUCCUGACGUCGAGGCCAUGAGGAUCUAUCUCAUUUUGUCUGAGUACCCGGCCCUGCAGGACUCCAAGAAUUACAUCCGCCUCACUAUCCCCCUGGCAAUGGCUAUCCUGCGCCUAGACGCCAACCCCAGCAAAGUAUUGGAUAACUGGUGGUGUUUUGUAGACGACACUGUGUUCAUAAGAAUGGUCGACAUGUACAAGAGCAUCGUUGUGUUCAUGCUAACGGGAGGCAAGACGCUGCUCGUACCGGUGUUCUACGAGAACUAUUUUGUUGCCACUCUGAGGCUGCUGGAGAAACUCCACAAGGUAAACUUAAAGGCCCGCCAUGUGGAGUACAGCCGCUUUUAUAUCCCUGACAUCACCAGCCUGGUGGACAUCCAGGAAGACUACCUCAAAUGGUUUCUGAGUAAAGCUGAGAUUAAAGUGGGAUCAUCUUCCCCUUCACAGAGUGACUUUCCCUCUGUGAACCUAUGUGCCUACCCGUUCAUACUGAACGCUCAAGCCAAGACAACGAUGCUGCAAACAGAUGCUGAACUGCAAAUGCAGAUGGCAGUCAGCGGUGCAAACUUACACAAUGUCUUUAUGCUGCUCACGCUGGAACCCCACCUUGCUAGGAACCCUUACUUGGUGCUCCAUGUGCGCAGGAACCAUCUAGUAAGCGACACACUUCGUGAGCUCACCAUGUACUCUGAUGUGGACCUCAAGAAACCCCUCAAGGUGAUCUUCGAUGGAGAGGAGGCCGUAGAUGCAGGUGGAGUAACUAAAGAGUUCUUCCUGCUGCUGUUAAAGGAGCUGAUGGAUCCGGUGUAUGGGAUGUUCAGUCAUUACAAAGAGUCCAACCUUUUGUGGUUCUCAGACAAAUGUUUUGUUGAGCAGAACUGGUUUCACCUGAUCGGGAUCAUCUGCGGUCUGGCCAUCUACAACUCCACAGUGGUGGACCUCCACUUCCCCCUGGCUCUCUACAAGAAGCUGCUCGAUGUAUCACCGACGCUGGAGGACUUCAAAGAGCUCUCACCCACCGAGGCCAGGAGUCUACAACAACUUCUAGACUAUGAAGGAGGUGAUGUGGAGGAGACGUUUCUUCUAAACUUUGCUAUCACCAGGGAGAACUACGGGAUGACAGAAGUCAAGGAGCUCAUCCCUGGAGGAGAGAGCAUCAGCGUGGACAAAAACAACAGGAAGGAGUUUGUGGAGGCCUACCUGCGCUACGUGUUCUCAGACUCUGUGAGUGAGCAGUACUCGGCCUUCUCCGCUGGCUUCCUGAAGGUGUGCGGGGGGGAGAUCUUGUCGCUGUUCCAGCCCUCUGAGCUGAUGGCCAUGGUGGUCGGCAACAACAACUACAACUGGGAGGAGAUGGAGAAGAAUGCUGUUUACAAAGGGGAAUAUACAGCCACUCAUCCAACAGUCAGAUUGUUCUGGGAGGUUUUCCACGAGUUCCCUCUGGAGAAGAAGAAGCAGUUCUUAUUGUUCCUGACCGGCAGCGACCGGAUCCCCAUCCACGGCAUGGAGAGCAUGCGCAUCGUCAUCCAGUCCACCACAGCGGAGGAGCACUACCUGCCGGUGGCCCACACCUGCUACAACCUGCUCGACAUGCCCCGCUACCAGACCAAAGAGAUCCUGCGCCGCCGCCUCACACAGGCUGUGGAGCAGUACGAGGGCUUCAGCCUGGUCUGAGGACGGGAGAUCUGCAGCAGUCUUAAUGCACUUUAACAGCAAUACACCACCAUGUCAGUGUCAAAAAGAGUGUAAUGGGGGACCUCGGGACACAGAAAGGAAACUCUCUUUAUAUGCUCUUACAAGAUUGUUAAGCGUCUUGAACCUGAAAGGUCUAUGUAUGUAAAUGCAGAGUAUUAUUGUUUUUAUUGGUUUGAGCAAAGUUUCUCAACCUUUUAAGGACAAUUUGGAAGAUAUUUUAAAGGCCGCUGUGAAAUGUUUAAUUGAAAUAUAUAUGACAUUCCUGAAAUUAAAAAAGAAAAAGAAUACAGAAAAAUGACUUAUAUUCACAUGACAACCUGGGAUCAAAACUAAUUUGGGACCUGAAAUCGAAGACGAGUGAAGGUUGAGAAACACUUUUGGUGUUUGCAUAGUUUUAGUUUUCACUUUUCUUUGCACAGCUGUGUGUUUUAUAUUCAACUCCUUAAAUUCUAUUUUUCACCUUUAAAUAAUUAUGUUCUUAUAUUGAGACAAUAUAUCUGCUUUUUGUUACUUUUCAUUUGUUAAAUAGAGUGGUUAUUUUUCGACAAAAAUAAAAAAUGUGUAUAUAUGUA